CCUUAUCCGUCUGACAAGGUUGCUUACUUCUCAAAUAGACAGGAGAAAUGGCCGCAGUCAUUGCUAAGUCGUCGGUGGCCACGGCAGUGGCGCGUCCCGCACGCAGCGGCGUACGCCCGGUCGCCGUUCUGAAGCCAUCUGUCAGGGCUACGCCUGUGGCAACCCCGACUCAGGCCAACAAGAUGAUGGUCUGGACCCCGGUGAACAACAAGAUGUUCGAGACCUUCUCCUAUCUGCCGCCCCUGAGCGAUGAGCAGAUUGCUGCUCAGGUCGACUACAUCGUUGCCAACGGCUGGAUUCCUUGCUUGGAGUUCGCUGAGGCUGACAAGGCCUACGUGUCGAACGAGUCGACCGUCCGCUUCGGUCCGGUGUCUUGCCUGUACUACGACAACCGCUACUGGACGAUGUGGAAGCUGCCCAUGUUCGGCUGCCGCGACCCGAUGCAGGUGCUGCGCGAGAUCGUUGCCUGCACCAAGGCCUUCCCGGACGCCUACGUGCGCCUGGUGGCCUUCGACAACGUGAAGCAGGUGCAGAUCAUGGGCUUCCUGGUGCAGCGCCCCAAGAGCGCCCGCGACUGGCAGCCGGCCAACAAGCGCUCCGUCUAAGCAGCUGCGCGUGUUGCUAAUCGCCUCGGAGUGUGGAUGUGCGUGGAUGGUCGGCAUGUCGGCAGUGGGUUCGAGGUGCAAUUUUUCCAGGCUGUUGCAUCAAGGAGUGCUGCUGAGCAGUUGUGCCUGUGAUGGGUGAUGUAGUUCGGCGUCCAGCUUGUUUUUGAACAGACUAAGCGCAUCGUGCGGUGCUAAUCUCCCCCAGGUGCAGAUCAUGUGACACGGGGACGUCAGGGGGUUCGCAGGCCUGCUCCUGGACAACCCUAUGCACUUUAAGCUUACCAGUAUCUGCC